UGGCGCCGACUCUGCUGCCGUUUGUCUCCAACGGUUAAAGAGUCAGCAGUGAGUUUAAAGAUAAAAUGUCAGAGAACUCGAUGUUUUAUUUAGAAACUAAGUCCAUCAUGGAGACUGUCAUAAAGACAGCCGCUGAUGUUAUCGGAAAUUUAAAAGAAGAAAAUUCCACAAAGGAGCCAAAUAUGAGACGUAAGUCAGACAGCAUCAUGGAAAUGUUGGCACGGGAGGCAACAAGAAAGAUCAACGCCAUUUUCUCCCAAUUGUCAUCAGUGCUGCACAAUGAAAACAAGACUCUGAAGGACAAAGUGGGACAGGUGGAGAGCGAGUUGAAGACCAUGACUGAAAACUUUGAAAAUGCCAGAAUGUGGAGAGAAAAUGUCCUGAACGGCUGCCCCAUCCUGUUUGAGCAGAGUGGGUUGAUUUUCACCUUGAAGCCAUUUGGGAUGUUAAAAAGAAAAACAGAUGAAGUAUCAGAGGGAGUCACUGAUUCAUCGCCUGCUGCUGGGACACAGAGUGGACAUGAUGCAGAUGGCAGAGAAGCAAAAAAGGAGGUGAAUUCUGAAGCUGAGUCCUCACCGGGAACUAGACAAGACAGUGCAGAGGAUUGUACCACAACGAACAUGACAGAAUCCACAAAUACUGACGGCCAAAACACACAGGAAGCAGAGGUCAAGAGGAAAGGGAGGAUGUUUGUAUGUGAUGUCUGCAACAAAAGCUUCAGUCGUCACUUCCAUCUGAUGAAGCACAUGAACACUCACAAAGAACAGAGGCCUUUUGCCUGCAACCAGUGUCCGAGAAAAUUUAGGAACACAGCAACUUAUGAGUACCACCUGCUGCGCCACGAGGAGAAGAAGUACGCUACCUUCAAGUGCCAGCUCUGUGAGAAGACAUUCAAAACAAAAAUGCACCUGAAGACUCAUCAGCUCGUGCACACAGACACGAGGCCGUUCAUCUGCUCCAGCUGUGGGAAGGGUUUCAAAACUCAACACAACCUGCGGGCUCAUCAGGUCGUCCACACCACUGAAAAACCACACAAAUGCUCAGAGUGCGGUGAAAGUUUCAGGUACGCCUUCACCCUGAAGUGCCAUAAAAGCAUUCAUACCGGAGAACAUCCUUACAAAUGCACGGAGUGCGGCAAGGCUUUUGUGAAGAGGAGAUCGCUGAGGGCGCACCAGUCGGUCCACAGAGGGAAGAUGUUUACAUGUGAGACAUGCGGAGCAGGUUUCACCCUUCAACACAACCUGAAGAGACACAUUCGUAUUCACACUGGUGAAAAACCGUUCAAAUGUAAAGUCUGCGGGAAGAGUUUCAUUCAGGACAACAAGCUGAAAGCACACAUGCUCCUUCACGGUGCUUCCAAGUCGUUCAUGUGCGACAUGUGUGGAAAGACUUUUCUGUACAACUGCCAGCUGCAGAAACACCAGAAAGUAACUCACGAUGAAAGACAAGGGCAGGUCAUUAGAAGACGAAGUCGGGAGCGAGGUAACCGCAGAGUUAUCUAUCGGCGGGACAGAACGACAGUCGAUGUGACGCCUUUCAGCUGCAAGACCUGCCGCAAGGGCUUCGACACAGCGAGUUCACUGAAUAGACACGAGCUGAUCCACACAGGUCAGACACCAUACAACUGCCACACAUGUGGGAAGUCUUUUUUCUACAAAGCCACGUACGACUACCAUCAGAGGAAUCACUCAGGGGAACGACCAUUUGGUUGUGACAUAUGUGGGAAGAGGUUCAUCAUCCGUCAGGCUCUCAAGUCCCACGAACUGCAGCACUCAGGAGAGAAACCCCAUAAAUGUGAACAGUGUGGCAAGGCCUUCAGGAUCUACACAAACUACCUCAGACACUUGCGGAUCCACACAGGGGAGAAGCCGUAUGAGUGUGAAGUGUGCGGAGUGAGGUUCAGGCAGUUGGGACACGUUAAGUUUCACAUGCAGGUCCACACAGGAGAAAGACCAUAUUCUUGCAGCAGCUGUGGACUUGGAUUUUCAGAUUCAAGGCUGCUCAAGAGACACAACUGUACUGAGAAAUAUCAGAAAAUGUUAGGGAACACACUCCAAACAGCCAGGAACUUGGAGGCGCAGGUCGGCUCCAUUUUGGAGAUAAUGGUCAAUACAACUGUCACAGAAAUGACCAAAGUUACGGCUGAAAACACACACGGCUGCUCGGAGGAGAAGGUGAUCCAGUUCAGUGUUUUCAUGACGUCUCUGGCUCGAGAAACUGUGGAGAAGAUCUGCCAGCUCUUCCAUGAAUGUUCUGCUCUGCUGCGGUUAGAAGUGUCGCAGGGUGUGGCAGAGAUUGACGACCUGAGGAGGAGGCUGGAGAUGGCAGAGACGGAGCUGAAGCUGGUGUUGGGCGGCAGCAGAGGGCAGAAGGAAGCGGAGGAGCUUACAGAGGGAGGCAGUGGACAGAAGGAGGACAGGAGGCCUCCAACCAACGGAGCAGAGGAAGACUCAGUCCAGAUCAGCCACCGCUCAGGGAGGAAGAGUCGCAGAGUUGUGGCCAGUGGUGAUGCUGGGGUGAAAAGGUCACCUAUAAUCCAUCUGUGGAAAGGCAGAACUUAUGAGGACAGUGUGCAGCCAGUUAUAAUAAAGGAGGAGGGACUGGAAGUGUUCGCUGACCAGGUGUCCUCUGAGUCUGGUCAGUGCAGAGACGAAAUAGGCCACGACGAUGAUGACGACCCAGACUACCAGUUGGAGCCGGAAGAUCUAGAUGAUGGUGAAGCAGGAUACACCUCCAGACCUAAACGUGUAGUAAAGUCCAAGUCCACACGAGGCCGAGCAAAGAAAGAGGGUCAGAGCCAGAGCCAGCAGCCUCUGAGCUGCAGACACUGCAGGAAAACCUUCACCAAGCUGCUGCAGCUCAAAGCCCACCAGGCCGUCCAUGGGGCGAGCACUGAGAAGCCCUUCCACUGCUCCCAGUGUGGCCGAGGGUUUUCAUUCCAGCGCAGCCUCAACGCACACAUGCUACUUCAUACAGGUGAGAGGCCACACACCUGUGAUGUGUGUGGGAAGGGUUUCACCUUGAAGCAGCUUCUGCGGAACCACCAGCGCCUCCACGCUGAGGUCCGUCCAUUUCGCUGUGACCAGUGCGGGAAGAGCUUCUACCGAGCGCACGGCCUGAAGAUGCACCAGAUGGUCCACACCGGGGAGCGGGCCUUUAACUGCCAGUACUGUAACAAAAGCUUCACAAUACAAGGUAACCUGCAGCGCCACCUGCGCAUACACACCGGGGAGAAACCCUUCAGGUGCGAGACUUGUGGCAAAAGCUUCAACCAGGCCGACACUCUGAAAGGCCAUCAGCGGAUACACACAGGUGAGCGUCCCUUUAGCUGCGAGACCUGUGGCAAGUGUUUCAUCCAGAAGAGUGCCUUGAAGAUGCAUCAGAAGACCUCUCACUCAGGCGAGAACUCACUGGCCUGCGUGGCGUGCGGCACUACGGUGGCCUGUGUCGACUCGCUGCGCAAACACCUCCAGACACAUGCGGCAACUAUCCCGUGCACAUGCGUGCUCUGCGGCCGACGGCUCAGCUCCAUCACUGACCUGCGCUCGCACCAGCAGCACCACACAGUGGACAGACCUCACAGCUGCGGGCUCUGCGGGAAGAGCUUCAAGUCGUCCAGUUACCUGAAGAUUCACCUGAAGACACACAGCGGGGAGAGGCCGUUCUCCUGCGACAUCUGUGGUCGCAUGUUUACACAGCACAGCAGCCUCAAAUCACAUCAGGUGGUCCACACGGGAGAGAAACCGUUCAGCUGCGACACAUGCGGGAAGUGUUUCAGCAACACGGGCAACCUGAACAGACACCAGCGUAUCCACACCGGGGAGAAGCCAUUCAGCUGCGACACGUGCGGACGCAGCUUCAACCAGGGCAACAGCCUGAAGGCCCACCAGCAGAUACACACUGGGGAGAAACAGUUUAUGUGUGACAAGUGUGGGAAGAGUUUCUCCUACCUGAGGAACCUGAAGGACCACAAGUGUUUCUACGUCUGAAGCUAAACUAAAAGAUGUCUGCCCUGGUGGCAGAGCAGAUGGUCUAAGUUUCCUUGUGCCUGCUGAGAAAUACAGGGAUGGAUGGGGGAAAUAAAGCAAUGAGUGUGCAGUGAAAUAGUCAAAGGUUUAGGAACUUUAAGUGAGUAGCCUUUUGUCUUUUUAAAUUGAAGGAAUUUCCCUGGUACAGACUUUCAGUGAAUGAAACAGGUAAAACAGCUUGAACAGGAUACCAGAAAAACAUUUAAGACCAGAAGGAGUACUCAUAACGUGAUUGAAAUUUAGCAGUAUUUUACUGGCAGCUGUUAGAUUCUAACUGAUCUAUAAAAGACAAUGAAAGGGUGACUGGUUGAUUUUAUUGAAUUCAGUUUUUUUUUCAGUAUUUUAAACCAUCUUAUUUAAAUUGGAGGUCAGAUAGUAGUUUAAGCAUCGUGAAGAGUACUUUCCUGCCUUUUUUUCCAAACAUCGUUUCAGAUUAUAAAUAAUUUACUGAAAAUACAACUGUGAGUUUUUGGAAAUAACGUUGCCUUGUGUGCAUUAGAAGAACUGAUAUACUGAAACAGUUAUUUUGUAAAAAUGUUUCAUCAGUAACUUUCCUGUGGAGUGUGUAUUUGUUAUAUCUCAGCUGUGAGACUGAGUCAAAUGGAUAAACACUGAAAUUUAAA